ACGGAGGUAAACAGUCAUUCUACUUUUCUUCCUAUUAGCAUUCAUGAGAUAUAAGAUAGCGUGAGAUACCAGAAAGGGGUGCGACCUCGUUUCAAAUCUUUAGUCAGCAUGCAGUUUCCUGAGUGCUUGCGAAGUGACACAUCGCGGAAUGAAUAGCAACGUUAAUUCAAUUGUACGCAGAAGCGUCUCUUGCUAUUUCUGUAAUGAAUUUUUUGAAGAACGUUAUUUACCGGAACACGUCAAACACUGUUGUGCCGUACUGGAAGAGUGUCCAAAGAAGUGUGGAGCGUACGUGCCUCGACGUAACAUGGAAGCUCAUCUGCGUCAGUGUGUGGAGAAAAAAGUGAGGAAUAUACACCCGUUGGAGACGCAAAAUCAGACGCAGAGCGAUUUGUUAUGGAGGGACAAGAUUUUCUCGAUUUUGAGUUUGUUACGUUCCGCUGUGGACGGCAGCGAACGAGAAAGAAAACGAUUGGAGGAAGCUGUAACGCUGAGUAUGAAAAACAUUGAAAGAAAACAUGCCGACAUGGAAAUCCUACGACUGAGCGUUCUAGAAGAUACUGAACGAGUGCGUCAGGAUUCUGUUAUUUUUGAACAACGACUUCUGGCACUGGAAAGAAUUUUUAAUGAGAUCGAUCAACAUACCAACUUCAGUUUCAAACAAGUCGCGGAACAGUUGGAUUUCAUACAAACUGAAUUAGCAGCUGAUAGGAAUAAGUGCGGCGAGAUGAUUAACGAGUGGCAAACAGAAUUGAAAGGAUUUAAGACAUUUUUGGCUAAAGAGAGCGUCAUGAUCAGUGGGAUGUGGCAUGAGCAAUUGGAAAAGAUGCACGACAUGAAGCUUGAAUUGGAAAUGAGAUGUAAGGGCAGUAGGGAAUUGACGGAGAAGCAUGAUAUUCUAUCUGAAAAAAUUGAUAUACUUGUAAGGGAGAUGCGAAAUCAUUCAGAGGCCAUAACAAAUCAAGCGAAGGAAAUUAAAACGUUGAAGUUUCAAAUGAAGGACAACGUUAAGUAUGUCGAGGAUUUGAUUAAAGAUAGCUUAAUUCAAAGCAAACUACAGGACAGUGACGAAAAUGAUGUUUCCAAACAUACCGAACAGAUAUCUACAAAUGGUCGCUUGUUAUGGCGGAUAGAUCGUUACAAGGAGAAGAUGACUGAUGCUAAGGAGAACGACACUGUAUUGCGUAGUCCUAUAUUUUAUAAUAAAGAUUACGGAUACACUUUAAGAGUGGAAUUAUUUUUGAAUGGAAGAGGUCAAUGGAAAGAUCGACACAUUAUCGGAUGCUUACGUGUAAUUGAUGGCAAGUGGGAUCCGUUAUUGGAUUGGCCUUGCGUUCUACAAGCUACUGUAACCUUAAGAGAUCAAGAGAAUCCGGCAAAUGAUAUUCGAAAGAUUGUCAAAGUUACGAAGAAACUGAAGGAUGGCGAUUCUCAAAAACCAGACAAUGAAUCGGGAUUGUAUAUGUUCAUACCUCAUACUAAAUUAACAAGAUACCCGGGAUACGUGAAAGACAAUGUCUUAUUUCUAGAUAUACAAACGAGAGAUUUAAAAAUUGGUGGAUCGACUCCAUCGCUAAUAUCAUAGAUGAAUAAGAUAAAACUAAUGAUAAUAUUGGCCGUGAAAGCCUAAAAUCUCAAGAUAAAACUACUAAAUUCAAUUCAAUAUUUAUAAUCGUAAAACCUGUUUCCGGACUUACUAUGAAUCUCACUGUAAAUACGUAGCCAUCGAUAUAAUAAAUUCAUUUCUAUCUCGGGUGCGCACUUUAAUAGUAUGAUAAUUCAUUCUUACUGGGACACGUCAUCUUGUUUUCUCAAAACAUGUGUGAUGCGUGUUGCGAAAAGCACGUGUGGAAUGCUGCGAGUGAUAAGAAGCUAAUCUUUCUA